AUGCGGGCCGAAAUCUGGCUAACUUUUUCUCGUUCUGAUGGAACAGGCAAUGAAGACUUCUUGAAUACCCACAAGAGCGAAGCUGCUGCAUUCAUGCGGGCUGUCAAGCGGGCCACCGAUGAAAUGUUUGCCGACCCCAAGGCGGCAUGGGAUGCAUCAUUCACAUACAUGUCUCGUGACGCAGCCAAUGUGGUCACUAACUACUCGAAGAGGCUUGGUAUCGUGUCUGAUGAUUUCAACCCGAAUAUGACGAACGAAUUUUUGUCUUGGCCGCUUCUCGACGAGGUGGCCGACCCGAUUGAGAACCAAAAACGUAUUGCUCGUCGCCAGAUGCAAAUCGCUAUGAACGGAGGGGUGUUGGCUGGUCGCCACUAG